GUGACUUGUACCAAGAACCAGGAAGUGAUACUGAUGAUAUCUGCAAUCCGAAUUCAACGACAACAUGGGUGAUGUAUUAAAAACUGGUUGUCUCAAAUAUUUACAGAAGAAAAUUAUCAAAUCCUCCUGGGAUGAGAAGUUCUUUGCACUCGUCACAAAAACCAAGCGAGGCAUCUGUUUGAUAGGAUUCCAAAAUAAGGGAAUCUUCGAAAGAUAUGAGGCUGAAAUGCAGAAUAGUGAUGCAAGCAAGUUCGAGAAGUGCACAAAAACUUACUCACAAAUUGUGAUAUCAGAUAUUAAAUGCUUGCACAAGGUUUCACUAAAAGAUCAGGAUGCAAUCGAGACAAUGACCGACUCCGGGAAAAAGUAUUUGCUACUUGCUGAUCAAGAAGGAAACAAUCGCGCUGACAGUUGGGUAAAGGCAUACCAGUUUGAAUUGUCUCAGAAUACCGACGCUUCCAUUGGUUCUGCACGUGGUCCUCCGGAUCAGUGGUCAUUAAAUGAGAAUGAUCUAUAUGAAUCAAAAGAUGAAGGUGUCUCAUUCGAAGUCGAGAUAAAAGAAACUGAUGCCUCCAACCAUCUCAAACUUUAUGGAAUGUACAACUUACAAGUCAAUUCACGCAAUAUAGCCCUAAUCAACCAGGCAACUAAACGACCACUUUACGUUUGGCCAUUGAAGUACCUUCGCAGAUAUGGGCGCAUACCAGGUGAAUUCUCCUUUGAUGCCGGCCGAAGAUGCGAGUCCGGGGAGGGAAUUUUCAAAUUGUCCACAUUGAAAGGGAAUGAGAUAUUUGACAUAAUUGAAGGGAUGGCGACAAUCAUACGUGAAAAAGAAAGGCAGAGUAAUUCAGGUGGGUCAUCCCAAGGUAGAAGUCCACCUCCAGUUUCUAAUUUGCCGCGUCCCUCCAGUCAUCUUAGGAAAAACUUUCAGCAAAAGCAAAGCCUGACUUUUGAUGCUGGUGCUGGAGAGGAUUCUGCACAUAAUGGAAGUACUUAUGUUUAUACUCAGCCGGUCAAGACGACGGGGAGGCAGGGCUCUCAAAAGAAGAAAGGGGAUCUAAAUCGACAAAUAUCAGCGCCGCUGCUUGAUCCUAAUUCUGCUUAUCAUUUAGCUGCGGAAUCCUCGUCACCUCCUGGUCAGAAUGACCACAAUGUUGAUUGUACAUAUUCCAAUGUCGAAAAAAGGGCUCCCAAAGCACCGCCAGUGCAGGCGGUGAGUGGUCCAUAUGAAAAUAUUAAGGCUGGAUCCCGUGGUGUUAGUUAUGAAAACGUUGACGUGCGUCCCCCUGUUCCGCCAAAACUGAUCGACUCCCCAAGUGAUAGAGGUUCUCGUAAGUCUGCUAUGUCUGAAAAACUAAAAGUUGAGAAAAUGGAGCACCCUGAAGAUGAUGCAGAUUAUGACGAGCCUGAUUACUCGCUUGGCGAAGCGGCAUAUGCAUACGCUAGUGUUGAGGAUAUCAAGCGUGAUAUGCCUUGGAUGAAGAAACCAGAGCCUGGAGAAGUCAAGUUCCGGAUUGAAUCAAAUGAUGAUGAUGAUACAGAUUAUCUUGAGUAAUGAGGGAUUGAGGGUGGCUGGCCAUCAAUUGAUUUUUCUUGACCCCUUCAUCAAAAGGAGAUGCCAGGAUGCAUUUUUGAAAUCCACUAUGAUCAUACAUUACCCGUUAUAUGAACAAAACACUUGACCUCAGCAGGUCUUUUCUUCCAAGUCUUGUCUCGGACAUAUUGGUCACAUCUCAUUAUCAUUUACAUGUAGCCAUGUCAGAAUUAGGUUAUAUCUGACUCAUCAUGCUUACAGUGUCACAUGUACAAAAUUUGUCACUUAGUCCAAUGUAUACAUUGAUAGUGUAUCGGUAUAUGACUUGCACCUUCCUUGUGGCAAUUUUGUACCUUAUCUUAUACUUAGGCAAAAUUAACCCCUUAGUAACUUUAUUGUAAAUUUGAUAUUUCCUUAACAUUUGAAUCCAGAAAGGAGUUAUUUUCUCUAAUUGGGUGACCCAAUUAAUUGUGAUAGCAUCUUGGUGUAUUGUGUUCUUUCAUUAAAGCCGUAUCCUUUUGUUGAAAAUUUGAAAUUUGAAAUUAAAUUAGAAAAUUUCCAAUUGGGUAAAAAUGUACUGAAUAUAAUAGAAACAGUGCACCCCUUUAAGCUUUUCCUCACAAAUGGUAAGACUUUAGAUGGAACCAUCCAGAGAACAAACCUAUUUUUGUAAUUGGUUUUAUUGUAAUUGCGUGUGCAUGUCUCGACAAGUGCUUACAAUGAUGUACCGAGCACAGUGAUUUUUGUAAUUUUUAUUUUUAUUGGGAGUAAAAUCUGUGAUACGCACCAUUGUUUCCAUAUGACACGAGUAACGUUUGAAUGAGAAUUAUCAGAUUACGCAACUUGAGGAAAUCAGGGGGUUAAUGUUGCUCAGCGUUAAUGUUCUCUUCCCCAACAGGGCUCAGAAGCAAACAUUACGGUAACCCCUGGUUACAUCCGAGUGGAAGCAUACAUUUAUUUCCAAAAGAGUUCGUAAUUCUUGUUUUUAAUAAAAGAUGUAUAGUGUAAUGUUUUAAUAGCAUUAGUUUCUGUGGUUAAGCUGCUGGUCUCGAAACAACUUGCUCUUCCUGCACUAAAAGUUUGUGAAUUGCCGCAUAGUAAUUGCAAGUGGGUAAAGCUAUGCGGGCACAGGAUUAUUGGACCAUUUAUUCAGGUGUAACCUUUAAACGACCAAGUUUGGUGCUAUAUACUUGUUGCAUUUGUUGGUUCUUGUAUUUUGAUAUAUUUGACAUUGUAUAUAAUGAAUGGGCCUGGCCUCCGAAAGACUAUAAACCAGGAAGUUUUUGAUAGUGUCAUGCAAUGCAAACGCAAGCUUUAAAAAGACGAUUUCAACCGUUAUGAUGCAUUGACCAUUGAAUUCGGGCAGCAAGUGAGAGUGACCCCCCCCCCACCACCACUCGAGGACUAUUCUGUGAAAGGAGGUAUCAUUCUGGUAUAAGUUUGAUGACCAAAUUUAUUGGAUCCAUGUUUGUUCAGUUCAUUUCCCAUCCCCAAAUUAUUAUGAAUGAAUGUAUAACCAAGAAUUGUCUUUAUGUCUUCUUGGCGUUAUGGAGCUUCUUCUUGGUUUGAUGUCGCCUCUGUAGACCAUUCUAUAAUUAAUGUUCAGUGUCACCUUUUGUGCACACUAAAGACCAAACCAACUUCAUAAUUUCCCAGCCAGUGCAAAGAUUGAUUUUGGCAACAUAAUUACUCUUGUAGAUGUAUGUAUGUAAACUCCUGUGCCGUGAUUGAAGUUUAUGGAGAUGACAGAACAUGAGGGAAGAUUGAAGGUCAUCACUGCUUUGAGAGUAUGACCGUCGUGUGAUUCAAAAGUCUUUUUCACAUCCUCAUGUUGCAGGCCUAUCGAUUCAUUUGUGUGCGUCAAAGUGUUAGUGUAUGGAAUGGAGCCAAAGGCUUGCUAUUGGAGGAUGUGUUGAUGACUUUCCUGAGCUCAGAUAUGUCGUAUGAUGUCACAGACAAAGCACAUGUAUGGGACCAAAGAUUUCUUAUACGAAUUAAAACGUAUUUUUGCAUGGAGCUUUUAUAUGUAUGAUGAUAUUCUGUUAGGAUGAGCAGCCUAGAUAUAUUUUGUAAUCAUAAAAUCAAGAAUAGAUCUAAAUAUGCAUGACAACACAACCACAUCAACUUUGUGUCCAAUGGUGACCAUGGUAUAUUUUAUACACUGAUUAAUAUGUGAUUGCUUAGCAAAAAAUAUCCAU